CGGUCAGCCCAUCUUUUUAAAACACAGCACUUUAAUAACUCUUAAAAUUGCUUCCACUUUGCAAUUCUUCAUUAAUAACAUCAUGCAAUUUACUCAUUCCCACCAUGUACCUUUGUCAGCUAUUCCUCAACUCCAAUUCUUCCAAGAGUGUAGAAUUUCAAGAAUUGUAGCCAUAUGACACCACAAGAAGGAUAUUGAUUUUUAAAAUGAUGGACCUUUUUACUUGGAGCAACUUGGCAUCAUUAUUAUUGCUGGCACAACUUCUGACAAUCUUGCAUAAACUGUAAUGGGAUCAUAUAGGUGAUACUGUAUAUUUUUAUUUAUUCUCCAGAGACAACUUCCUUUUGAAUAAAGAGAAAGGGAUCAAAGAGCAACUUAGCUAGUGAUAAAGUUAGAAUAUGGACUUGUCAUUUUCAUCACUCCAAGGAAAUGAAACUUAACUUAGGAGGAACUACUUAGGCAGCAAAGGGGAAGGAUCAGUACUACAGAGGUCUGCCAGCACAGGGCUCUAGAGUUCUUCUCAACUUUAUUGUCAGUUGUCUCUUUGAGGACCCAGACCAAGGCAACAUUUUAUUGAGUUUAUCCAUGCCCACCUGUUCUGCCCUUCAAUAGGGAGAAAGAAGAAGCAAGUGUUCCACAAGAGGUCAUGUCUUCUGUGGAUGACAGUUCAAGUACCACUGACAGUGAGAGUGAUACUACUGAAGACAAUGAAGCCACAGAUAGUUUCUCAUCAUUUGAUGACUCAGAAGAUGACAUUAAAGAUUAUAGUAACAUUUCAGAUGGAAAUACUCAUGGAGAAUUGUCACAUUCACUUGAAACUGACAAAGAAAAUGUGAAGGAAAAUGGUUCUGGUAGCCAGGAGUUACAGACCAAAGGAUUAACAGAAUGUAAAGAAUUUUUGAGGAAAUUGUCCAUCUUUAUUUGGAAUAGUCUUGCAAAAUCUCAGAAUGUCAGCUUACUUAAAGAUUUUAUUGAGUCUGAAUUUUUUUUGAUUGAUGGAGAUUCAUUAUUUAUCACUUGUAUGUGGAAUAAGACAUUAAAGAAAGGACAAAAUCUUCACUUCUUCUAUAUAGUGGAACAAUUUCUGCACAAUUUCAAUCAAAAGGAUGCCAGAUAUGUAAUAGUUUUCUUUAAGGACGUAGAAAAUAUAUUUUUUAAUCAUCCGGAACUACUCAGUCUCCGCACUGCAUUGAUACAGCAUCUAGAACACAACACGCAAGUUCCCAUUCAUACUGAAUUUUCCAGUUGCCUGUCCCCAGAAUGGGAGAUUUUUCUUAAAGAAAGUUACCCAUACUUCCUAAUUGUCUCAGAUGAAGGAAUAACAAGUCGUCAAACUGAUUAUUUAAACAUAUUUAUACUUCAUGCUCUUCAGAAGAAAAUCAAUGUGGUCCUUGCUUCAGAACAAGAAACAAAUAUGCUCCGAAUUUUUGGCUAUCAAGUCCAGCCUCUUUAUUCUCACUGGAAAUUUUUUGAACAGCACAAGAAUGAAUUGCAUCAAGCUCAUGAGGUCAUCAUUAGGAGUUUUCAAGUGUCUCCAGCUACAGAAUUACUUUUGUACAAAUAUUUGAAGUUGAAUGUGAGAAAUAUGAACAAAGAGGUCCAUCAGACAAUGUCUCUUCUUAGGAAUAUGUGGCCAGAAGGAGCUGAUAUCAAAAGUAUUGUCUGUUCUCUUUCAUGUUCAGUGGUUUUAAAAACCUACAAAAACAUGAUAGAUGGUGUAGAAACUUCUGAGGAACCAAGGGAAGGCAAAGAAGAGAGUGCACAAGACUGUGAUAAAGCCUUAACUCUGGAGGAAGCAGCUGAUCUUUGCAGGAUGCUUUGUUUGAGUGUGGCUUUCCUCCAACUCUUGCCACUUUCUCAACGAGCCAAGAGUAGAAUCAUCCAUUGCAACUGGAAAAAGAAACUUUCACCAUUCUUAAGAAUGCUCAAAAGAUGUGAAUUCUUCAUUUUAAAAGAAAUAAAGACUAUAAGUCAAUGGAAAGUGGAUUUUACCUUCCUGCCUGACUUAACGGAUAAUCUAUUGUGGAAAAAUAUUGCAUAUUACUAUGAAGUGGAAAACUGCACAGGGUUAAAUCUUGAAGUUGGUGAUGGAAUCAUGGAAAAAUAUGAGAAAAUGUGGAAUACGAUAUUAAACUUGUCAGGAGAUUAUGAUUUUGGAGGAUCUAUUCCUGUGAGAAGAACUUUGAAACAUUUUCUCACACAGAAGGAAAUAUCCACAGUGCACAAACCUGAGAUUCCUAAAUUGGGGCUUAUCCCAUUGACAUCUCAAUUUGUAGAAGAUUAUGUUGGAGACAUUUUGGGAGAUUUACCAUUUUUAAGCAAUGUUGAUCCAUCUAUUAUCUCUCUUAGCAAGAGGAAAGAAUUUGAUGAAAGGAAACACUGGCAUUCUAACAGACCUCUUGAUGAUGAUUAUAGAAAUACUAAUUUCAACAAUAAUGCUAAUUCCAAAGACUCCAAAAAACAAAGGGAGGUACAGAAACUAUAUCACUUUUAUCACGUUUUUGGGGAAUCUUUGAAUGGAAGACACAGAUCAAUGAGGAUUGUAAACCAAGUGACUGCACCACUGCCAACAAAAACUUCUCAACAAAAGAAAAUAAAAUCAAAGAAGAGCAACGCAGAUAAAAUUAUUGAAGAAAACCUAAAGCGAAAGCAAGCAGAAAUAGAAAAAAAAGAACAGGAUAAAUGGACUGUCAUGUCUGUGAUUAUUGAAAAUGAAAUUAAAGAAAAUGUUACUAAUGGAAUAAAAAACCUGGAGAAUUUUCUCAAGACUUGUGGAAGUAAUUCAAUAAAAUUUCUGGCUGAAAUGGUAGGAAUGGAAGCCUGUUUUAUGUCAUGGAAAGAACAUUGCCUAAGUCGAGAAGAGAAUCCCAAGGAUAUCAACAUUGCUGUUCAGUUGAUGAAAAGAGUUCAUAUGAUUCUUGGAAAAUAUCCACAGUUCAUGAAGGAGAGACACAGAAAAAAGUUAGCUAAAUGCCUAAAAUACCUUGGAUUUGACAACUUGGCAGAGUCAUUGUAUUCUGAGGUGAAAAAUCUGGUCACUGAGGACAUUUCAAAAUAUUCAGUUCACAUGGGCGCAGCUAGGUUCCAGCUAAGCUAUAUGGGCCAUUAUUUAUUCAGAGAAGAAAGAAGUGACCCAGAUCCUAGAGUGCAUCAUUUUAUACCAGACACAUGGCAGCGGGAGCUUCUAGAUGUUGUAGAUAAUAAUGAAUCAGCUGUGAUUGUUGCUCCAACUUCAUCAGGCAAAACAUAUGUCUCCUAUUACUGCAUGGAAAAAAUCUUGAAAACCAGUGAUGAAGGGGUGGUUGUGUAUGUUUCACCUACAAAGGCUCUUAUAAAUCAAGUGGUGGGGACUGUCUACAGUGUAUUCAAUAAAAGAAGAUCCAAAGGAGGUGCCAUAUGUGGUGUUUUCACCCGUGAUUACCGUCAUGAUGUCAUGAAUUCUCAGAUACUUGUAACUGUGCCUCAAUGUUUAGAAAUCCUUUUGUUAUCUCCUCAUCACCAAAAGUGGGUCAAAAGAAUCAAAUAUGUCAUAUUUGAUGAGGUCCAUUGUCUUGGUGGAGAAAUUGGAGCAGAAGUUUGGGAACAUCUCCUGGUUAUGAUCCGAUGUCCAUUUUUGGCACUUUCUGCCACUAUCAGUAACCCUGAAUAUCUCACAGAGUGGUUGGCAUCAGUUAAAAGAUACUGGCAGAGUUUUGAAAGCAUGAUAGACAAGUCUACUUCUUCAAAAAUUACCUUGAAAGGUUCAAAGCAAAACUUAUCAAAGACCGAGAAGCCAUCAUACAGAGUUAGACUGGUACUGUAUAAAGAGAGGUACAAUGAUCUAGAAAAGUAUGUGUGUUCUCUAAAGGAUGAUGACUUUCUAAUUAGCCACUAUCACCCCUGUGCUGCACUAACAGUUAAUCAUAUAGAGAAAUAUGGAAUCCCUUCAGACCUAGGAUUUUCUCCCAGAGAAAGCAUACAGCUUUAUGAUGCCAUGGUACAAGUUUGGCCAGAAUGGCCAAGAGUACAGGAUUUUGAACCUGAAGAAUUUAGCUGUUUCAAAGAGAAGGUAGUAAUCAUGAAAACAGAUUCAAAAAAAUAUGAGGAAGAAUUGAAGAAGGAAAUAAUAAAUUGGAUUCACUUGGACAGAGACAAGGUGAAUCAGCUAUUGAAAUAUCUCAAGCCUGUGACCUUUGACAAUGCAGAAGGAAAGAAAAGGAGGAAGUUUGCAGGCUUAGUUGAGAAACUAAAAGAAAUGGAUAAGCUGCCUGCAAUAUUUUUUUUAUUUAACAUUCACAUGGUAGAAAAUUCAGCUUUUUCCAUACUUAAAAAUAUAAGAUCCAAGCAAAAAAACCACAAAAAUUUAAAUGAUGAGAAAGAGAUGAAAAAAAUGAUAAGGGUGCUGCGGAGAACAAGAAGAACUUUAAGAGCAAAUCUAGCUGCUUAUAGUAAAAAAAAUUCAAUGAUUAAAGCUGAGAAAAUCCUGUCCUAUAUGGCUGAAAUGAAGGAAAUAAAAAGAAAAAUUAGGAAGCUUACCGAAAUUCCUCCUAAAUAUUCUUAUGCAAAUCCCAAUUCAGUGGAUCAUCAGACUCUAUGGAAGAUAUUACAUAGAAUUAAGUAUGGAAGAAAUGCAUCUGCUCUGAAAGCACUGGCUGCUCAGGGAAUUGGGUAUCAUCAUAGUUCAAUGCAAUAUAAAGAAAGACAAGUUGUAGAGAUGCUUUUCAGACUGGGGUAUAUUAAGGUGGUAACAGCUACUGGAUCACUUGCCCUGGGAAUAAACAUGCCUUGUAAAUCCGUUAUCUUCACAGAAGAUUCUGUCUUUCUAGAUGCCUUAAAUUUUAGACAGAUGUCUGGACGUGCUGGAAGACGUGGUGAAGACCUUAUAGGAAAUGUGUUCUUCUAUGAUAUUCCAUUGCCCAAAGUUCAAAGGCUUUUAAAAUCCAAUGUUCCACAAUUAAGAGGCCAAUUCCCUCUGAGCAUCUCCCUUGUCUUGAGACUCAUGAUUUUAGUGAUGAAAGCCGAUGAUAAGGAGGAUGCUAAAGCAAAGGUCUUAUCUGUACUGCAGCAUUCAAUGAUGUCCUUUAAUCAACCAAAAAUGAAACACAUGUUGAAAGUGUACUUCAUUUUUUCUUUGCAGUUUCUGGUUAGAGAGGGCUAUCUGGAUCAAGAAUGCAUCCCCAGAGGAUUUUCUGGACUUGCGAUUCAUUUGCACUACCAUGAACCAUCAAACUUUGUUUUGAUCAGUUUUCUAGAGAAAGGAUUAUUUCAUAAAUUGUGUCAGCCAAUGAAGCUGAAGGGUCCAAAAGUAUUUUCUGAAAAUGUAAUGGAAACAUUAGUACUCGUAUUAGCAAAUCUCUUUGGAAGAAGAUAUCUGCCUUCCUGUGUGAAAAGAUAUAAGAGAACCUUUUCUCAGUCAAAGGUUAUUUUAAACGAUCUUCCCAAAGAAUUCGCUGCUGCAGCAGAAGAAUACAAUCACAAAAUUGAGAAUGAUUUUGGUUCUUUCCUCCUUAUUAUUUCUGAGCUGGCUGACAUGAAGAAAGAAUACCAGCUACCUCUGUCAGAAAUUGAUUUUUCAGGUGAAGAAUGUAGAGACUCUGAACUAGUGUCCCAUUUGAUGCCUGGUAUGGAGAACAGAACUGCUGUCUCACCAUUUGCUUGCCUGUCUGAAAUAACUGACCAAGAUUUAUUUAAUAUUGAUAUGGUGAAUGAUAUUGUGUUACGCACAAUUGAUGUGCAUGAUAAAAAUGCUCCUUAUUUUUGGUUGAAGAAGUUUGACAGAGAUGGAAGCAGACAUCAUCUGAAUGCUUAUGCAUUUGAUUUCUAUAAGCACGGUUCUAUGGCAGCAUUGGCACUGGAUAAUGGUUUAAAUAAGGGAGAUGCCUUUGCUGCUAUUAAGGAUUUUGGACUUCUUAUUCAAGCUAUCAGGAUUUCAUUGGCAGAAUUAUGUGAUGAUGAACAAGAUGAUGUUGUGUUGGCAUUUGGACAACUUAGUGAUGCAUACUGCAAGAAAAUCUGGGGAAAAGAAAAAGAACAAAGCCAUAGAAGUUAAAGAGAGCAUGGAUUGCAUAAACAUUGUGUUGACCUGUUGAAUGCCAUUAAUUUUUAAAAUAAUUACCUGGGAGAUAAUUACUUUCAAGCUCUAAAUUCUCAAGAGAUGAAUGAUCAUCUUCCAUUUGAAAGUCAACAAGCAAGAAGCACAAACAACUUGAAUGACAGUCAUCCUUUUGAGUUUUAAAAUAAUUUCUUUUCAAAAUGUAUAUCUAGGAAGAGGCAAUUAUAGGAUAGAAUAUAAAAUAUUCAACUUGGAGUCAGGAAGUUUUGGAAUCAAUAAUCCUUCCUCUGACCUUCACUAUUGACAAAUUGUUUAUUCUCUCUGUUCAAACACAUAGUAAUUGUUUAAUAAAAGCUCUUUCCCUCCCUCCUUCUCUCACUCUCUCAGCUUCUGUGUUUAGGUCUCUAUCUCUCUGACUCACUCCUUCUCUUUCCAGUAUCCAGAAUUAUGCUGAGAACAUUUUAACCACCAGGUCUCCAGAAAACAAACAUAUGCAAAAUUUAUUUUUUAGUUCAAUCUUUAUUAACAUAUUCUUCAUCACUUAAGUCUAGGCAACCAACAAAACAAAAAAAUCAAGUCUUGAUUCGUAGAUUUAUUUUCUUUUUUUGCAAUUUUCAAGGUGUAAAUGCUCACACUGAAAAUUUAAGAGUUUCAAGAACCAAAUUGAGCUGGCUUUAACACAUCCCUACAUUGUAUUGUAUUGUAUUGUACUGUACUGCACGGCAUAGUAUUGUAUUGCAUUGCAUCAUAUCAUGUCAUGUCAGGUCAUGUUGUUGUGUUGUGUUAUAUGGUAUCUGUCUAUCCUUAGACUUAUCUCCUGUCAGUGCCUGUGUUGUGCUGUUUGGUGCAAAGUAUCCUGAAGAUUCAUCAGUCAUCUGUAUUUAAAACUCUUACCAGUCAGCCAAAGUAUAUAUUUACUAAAAAUCAAAUAUUAAAUUAUUCAGACAAAAUCAGAGAUUCCUAUGCUUGUCAAAAUCUGCUUUCCCCGAUCUCCCCAGUAAUUCUCUUGUAUCUUAUUAUCCCCUCCUUUCUACUUGUCCUUUCCUCUAAAACAAAAUAAAAUAAACAAGAAAACAUUAAAAAUACUGCAAGACUGUUCUAUAUUAAAUAUAUAUAUAAAUUAUAUAUAUUAUAUAUAAUCAUUAAAAAUAUAUAUUUAUUUAAUUUUGAAUAUUUUUCCAUUGUUUUGUGAUUCAUGUUCUUUCCCUCCACUCCUACCGCCCCUCUUCCAGAGCCAAUGAGAAAUUUCACUGGAUUUUACAGGUAUCAUUGUUCAAAACCUAUUUUCAUAUUAUUAAUACUUAUAAUUAAGUGAUGAUUUAAAGUCAACAUCCCCAAUCAUAUCCCCAUUGAACCAUGUGAUCAAUCAUGUUUUUCUUCUGGGUUUCUACUUCCACAAAUCUUUCUCUGGAUAUGAGUAGUGUUCUUUCUUAUAAGUUCCUCAGAGUUGUCCUGGAUCACUGCAUUGCUGCUAGUAGAGAAGUCCAUUAUAUAGGAUUGUACCCCAUUAUAUCAGUCUCUGUGUACAAUGUUCUCCUGGUUCUGCUUCUUUCUCUCUGCAUCAAUUCCUGGAGGUUGUUCCAGUCUCCGUGGAAUUCCUCCAGUUCAUUAUUCCUUUCAGCAAAAUAGUAUUCCAUCACCAAUAGAUACCACAAUUUGUUCAGCCAUUCCCCACUUGAAGGGCAUCCCCUCAUUUUCCAAUAUUUUUGCCACCACAAAGAGUAUGACUAUGAAUAUUUUUGUACAAUUAUUUAUCCUUAUUAUCUUUUAGGGGUACAAACUCAGCAGUACUAUGGCUGGGUCAAAGGGCAGGCAGUCUUUUAGUGCCCUUUGGGCAUAGUUCCAAAUUGUCUGAAUGAUUGGAUCCAUUCACAACUCUACCAGAAAUGCAUCAAUGUCCCAACUUUGCCACAUCUCCUCCAGCAUUUAUUACUUUGCUGUCAUAUUGGCCAAUCUGCUAGGUUUGAGAUGGUACCUCAUAAUUGUUUUGAUUUGCGUUUCUCUAAUUAUGACAGAUUUAGAACACUUUUUCAUGUGCUUGUUAAUAGUUUUGAUUUCUUUAUCCGAAAACUGCCUAUUCAUGUCUCUUGCCCAUUUAUUAAGUGGGGAAUGACUGAUUUUUUGUAAAAUUGGUUUAGUUCCUUUUAAAUUUUAGAAACUAGGUCUUUGUCAGAGGUUUUCUAUGAAGAUUCACCCCCCCCCCCAAUUUGUUGCCUCCCUUCUAAUUUUGCUUGCAUUGGCUUUGUUUGUACCAAACCUUUUUUAUUUAGUGUAAUAAAAAUUAUUCAUUUUGCAUUUUGUAAUAUUCUCUAUCUAUUGCUUGGUCUUAAAAUCUUUCCUUUCCCAUAGAUCAGAGAGGCAUACUAUUCUAUGUUCAUCUAAUUUGCUUAUAUUUUCCUUCUUUACAUUUGUCAUUUAUCCAUUCUGAAUUUUUCUUGGGUGUGAGAUGUUAAUCUAAACCUAAUCUCUCCCAUACUGUUUUCUAGUUUUCUCAGCAGUUUUGGUCAAAUAGUGGGUUCUUGUCCUCAAAGCUGGGAUCUUUGAGUUUAUAAUGCACCAUCUUGCUGAGGCCAUUUACAUCAAAUUUAUUCCAUUGAUCCUUCCUUCUGUCUCUUAGUACCAUAUUGUUUUGAUGCUUUAUAGUACAGUUUAAGAUCUGCUAGGUUCCCAUCUUUCACAUUUUUUUAUUAGUUCCCUUGAUAUUCUUGAUCUUUUGUGAGGAAGACAGAUUUUGAAUAUUAUUGUUAUUAUUAUUAUUAUCAACACUGAAGGCAAAGAAGCCAAAGAAUUACAGAAUAUAAAACUAUCAAGUUUCAGAAUCCCAAAAUAUUAUCUUAAAAAUACCUAAUUUAGCCUCACAUACUGGGACAUACAUUUUGCUUUAGUCUGGUACCAUCUGUGCCUUUCUUUGCUGUAUUCCCUGCUACCUUUAAGCCUUCAAAGCACAGUGCUACAUAUCAUUUUUCCAAAUGCUGAUUGACCAUACUUCUAACUCCUCUUGACAUUCAAAGUAGACCCUUUUCUUUUGGACCUUCUAUAUUUUGGAGUGGAUGUUUCCAACUUCUAUUGGUCUGCUAUGUUGGCUAGGCUCUACCCAGUCCAAUGAGUUGCAACUUAAGUCCAUCUCUUUCCUGUCAAUAAUAAAAAUAAAAGUAGCAUCCACAUAUAAUUUCCAAAAAGUGUCAUAAAAGGAAUGUCUUAGCAAGUUCAAGAAUUAUACCUAAAUCAAUAAUGAUAAAUAAAGAAAGACAAUUAAAACAAAUGAGAAAAAACAUUUC